AUGGGACAAACUCAGCACCUGGAGAAAACCGAACAUGCAGAGAUUGACGUCAUUACACUUCAGGACAUGUAUAAAAAGUUUGUGACCGAAUGUCCUAGCGGCCUUUUGUUCCUGCAUGAAUUUAAGAAGUUCUUCGGAGUUGGACCCUCCGGGGAAGCAUCGGAGUAUGCCGAGAGUAUGUUUCGAGCUUUUGACAAGAACGGGGACAACACUAUUGACUUCUUGGAGUUUGUGGCUGCAUUGAAUUUGGUGUUCAGGGGAGAUUUAGAGCACAAGCUGAGAUGGUCAUUCAAAGUGUACGACAAGGACGGCAACGGCUUUAUAGACAAAGCUGAACUCAGAGCGAUUGUUGAAAUUAUAUAUCAUGUCAGGAAAGUAAACAGGAAAGAUCCCGAGGUUUCCCCUGAUGAAAUCUGUGAAAGGAUCUUCAAAGUGGUCGAUGUGGAUGGAGAUGGUCAGAUUACACUGGAGGAGUUUUUAGCAGGGGCUCAGAAAGAUCCCUGGAUCCUUAACAUGUUGCGUUUAGACAUGAAUCCAUACAGCUGGGUGGUGGAACAGAGGAGGAAAAGCGCUCACUUCUGACAUGAAAAACGUCUCUGCAGGAAAUCUGCAGGGAAAAUCAGUUGUGUUGUAAAGUUGUAUGUCAGUUGGAUUGUAUUAGAGCCGUUAUUUUCACCACUGAUACUAUAAAUAUAAAUACAAAACUGUUAUGAAUGGAUUGCCUUAUUCAAGCACUUACUAUGUAUUAAAUAUGUCAUCUUUGUAGCUGUAAUGUAUGAAUAAUAAUAAAAAAUAAUAAUAAUAAUAAUAAUACACAUACAUUUUAAUGGGUUUUGUAUUUUUAGUUUUUUUCAGUGGAUUUCUUUUGUGAAUUACUGUCUAUGCUUUAUUAUUUUAUAUUGUGUCCUCAUUUACAGAUGCAGAUAUAACGUCAAUUAUGGAGUGUGGAGGCUUUGAUUGAAAGGGUUAAUAUAACUAUAACCAGGGAAUAGAUUGGGAUUUUUAUGCACCGAUG